AUGGCAGCUACGGUAUUAGGAAAACGACAGCGUACUGCUAUUGAGGUGGAGGACUCUCUGCCUCUUCGUUCUGGCAGCAAGCGCCGAGCACGUACACCUCGCAUCCACGAAGAAGAUAGCAACACCCAAACUUCUCUUCGCCUCAGAUCUAGGGUUGUUGGUAGCUGCGAACCACAACACGCGAACCAGAUUAACACCAAAGUUUCCACCAGCGGUAAUAGUCGUUCGAAACGUAUUGUUCAGAACAACGAAACCUUGUCACCUUCAAAAAGCGACACGCACCUUAAACCCACGAAACCACUAGACACCGAAAAUGUUGUUGUCUCUGAGUUUCGUACUCCUCAGUCGAAGCGCUUUCGCGAUGCGCUCGUCAACUCUCCUCCCGUCACUCCCAGGCAUCGCGUUCAAGUCGUGGGAAAAUCCAUGACACCUCGCACGCCUCGUCAUGUUGGAACUCCAGCAGGCUCUACCACUGUCUACACACCGGCUCGUAAAAUGUUUGCACGAAGCGCAAAUCCCGAACGUUUGAUCGGAAGAGAAAAAGAGCGCGCUGAGCUCUCGAAGUUUAUUGAAAACGGUAUGCAAUCACGAAAAGGAGGUUGUAUAUACGUUAGUGGACCUCCUGGAACCGGCAAAAGUGCUACGAUCGAUGAAGUUUGCCGGGAUCUGAAUGUAAACACGGUUGUCAAAUCUGCGCAUGUCAACUGCGUCAGUAUGCGAUCUGCGCGAGAUAUAUAUGGAAAGCUCCUUGAAUCUCUGUGCGGUGAAUACGAUGUCUUUUCGAUGAGUGAGACGGAAAAGCUCAAGAGCAUGUUCGUCCCUACUAAGAAUUCGGAAGACUUGUAUCUGGUGACAUUGGAUGAGAUCGAUCAUCUUCUUACGACAGAUCCAGAAAUUCUCUAUUCUCUUUUUGAGUGGUCACUAAAUAGCAAGUCGAAGUUGCUUUUGAUCGGUAUUGCCAACGCAUUAGACCUUACGGAUCGAUUCCUACCCCGGCUCAAGGCGAACAAUCUGAAGCCCAUCCUGCUUCCAUUCUUGCCUUACAGCGCAGCUCAAAUCGCCAAUGUUAUUUCCACCCGCUUGCGAUCGCUAGUCCCUGAUACCGAGGCCAAAGCGAGCAGUGAUUUUAUCCCUUUUGUUCAGCCUGCAGCCAUCCAGUUGUGUGCGAAGAAGGUUGCUUCUCAGACGGGCGAUCUACGCAAGGCCUUUGAUUUGGUGAAACGGGCAAUCGAUGUCAUCGAGCAAGAGACUCAAAUCAAGUUAGACAAAGAAAAUGCUAUUCCCGAAAGCCCAUCCAAGCAUGCUCUUGCGGAAAAUGUCAAUUUGUCAUCACCACCAAAGACACCUGCUUCCAAGCGCACUCUGGCCAACGCAUAUACUGCCCUUACAGCACCAAGGGCAUCGAUCGCACACGUUGCCCGGAUAACUGCUGCGGUCUUUGGUCAAGGCACUACACAGCGCCUCCAGGGACUGAAUCUACAACAAAAGGCAGCCUUGUGUGCUCUAGUGGCGCUCGACCGAAAGCGACGUAAUAUGGAAAUUUAUGCUACGCCAUCAAAGUCCAGAGUGAAUGCACCUACUGUGCGAGAGCUAUUUGACACAUAUUGCUCGUUAUGCCGGAGUGACAAUAUCCUCCAUCCUCUUACCGCGACUGAAUUCAAAGAUGUUGUGGGUAGUCUCGAGACAUUGGGCCUAGUGGGAGAAUUUCAAGGUCGUGGUCGCGGUGGUACUAUUGCCGGUGGAUCGGGCAUCAUGCGCACGCCAUCUAAAAGUGGAAGCAGUUCGUCAACUCCUUCCAAGGGAAGCGAUGAGAAGGGCCUGGCUUGCUUUGUGUCUGAAAAGGAGAUUUUAAGCCAGAUUUCUGGACCGGGGGCGGGCAUUCUUAAGGCUUUGCUUGCUGGUGAUUGUCUUUAG